UCCCCGCCCCGCCCCGCCAGGGCAGCGGCCAAGUGACCCGCACGUCUGCGGACAGGACGGGUGCGCGGCGGGGGUGACGUCAGAGCCUCCGGCGCUUAAAGCCAAGCAGAACUGACUUGACGGGUUCGCGCGACUCGUUUUUCUUUUUUUUCCUUUUUUGCAAAAUAUGUAUUUGUGCUGCCGCUGCGAGGCGGGUCGGUCCCAGAGCCCCCUCGAGGCUCCGGAUUGUGAAGCUAAAAGAAUCGCUGCGGCCACCGCGGCUCACUGUCCUACCUGGUUAGAAAACUUUGCGGAGCGUGUGGAUGCAUUAACCGGCUCUUCUGCUUCGCCCUCCCAGCGCCUAGGAGCCGGCGGCCCCAGAGUAGUGGCCGCACCACGCCGGCCCCCGCGCGCAGGACUCCACCGGCCCCGCCCGCCGGCCCAGGGCCGCGCCCGCCAUGUCCUACCCGCAGUUCGGGUAUCCGUACUCCUCUGCACCCCAGUUCCUGAUGACCACCAACUCCCUGAGCACGUGCUGCGAAUCGGGUGGCCGAACUCUGGCCGACUCCGGGCCGGCCGCUUCCCAGGCGCCCGUCUACUGCCCGGUCUACGAGAGCCGGCUGCUGGCCACCGCGCGCCACGAGCUCAACUCAGCCGCGGCGCUUGGCGUCUAUGGGAGCCCCUACGGUGGUUCUCAGGGCUAUGGCAACUACGUGACCUACGGCUCCGAGGCGUCCGCCUUCUACUCGCUGAACAGCUUUGACUCCAAGGACGGGGCAGGAUCUGCGCAUGCCGGCCUCGGGCCCGCCGCCGCCGCCUACUACCCGUACGAGCCAGCGCUGGGCCAGUACCCGUAUGACAGGUACGGGACCAUGGACAGCGGCACGCGGCGGAAGAACGCCACGCGCGAGACCACCAGCACGCUCAAGGCCUGGCUGCAGGAGCACCGCAAGAACCCCUACCCCACCAAGGGCGAGAAGAUCAUGCUGGCCAUCAUCACCAAGAUGACCCUCACGCAGGUCUCCACCUGGUUCGCCAACGCGCGCAGGCGCCUCAAGAAGGAGAACAAGAUGACUUGGCCACCAAGGAACAAGUGCGCGGAUGAGAAGCGGCCCUACGGGGAGGGCGAGGAGGAAGAGGGGGGCGAGGAGGAAUCCCGGGAGGAGCCGGUCAAGAGCACCAAGAAGGAAGAGCUGGUUGGCAAGGAGGAGAAGGAUCUGGAGCUCAGCGAUUUGGAGGACUUCCACUCACUUGAGGCAGAGCCCCCCGAGUGUGAGCUGAAACCACCCUUCCAGCCCCUGGACGGCAGCCUGGACCGAGUCCCCACUGCGCCCCAUGGCCCCAGUGCCCUGGGAAAGGAGGCCUCCAGUGCCCUCCGGAUGCCGCUGGCCACUGGUGGUGAGGCCUCCCUGGACCAGCACCUGGAGCGGGCCCGGAGCUGCCUCCGGAGCGCAGUGGCCGGGCCAGAACAGCAGCCGGGCCCGGGGGGCGGCCCGCAGGCCUGUGAGGCCAAGCUGGGCUUUGCGCCGGCUGGGCCCACCACGGCGGGCCUAGAGGCUAAGCCUCGCAUCUGGUCCCUGGCGCAUACGGCUACCGCCGCCGCCGCCACUGCCCUGAGCCAGACUGAGUUUCCGUCGUGCAUGCUCAAGCGCCAAGGUCCUGCAGCCCCUGCCGCCGCCUCCUUGGCGCCUGCCUCGUCUUCGCCUGCGGCCCCGGCCCCCGCCAGUGCCCUGGACAGGAACCAGGACUCCCCAGUAACCAGUCUCAGAAACUGGGUGGACGGGGUCUUCCACGACCCCAUCCUCAGGCACAGCACUUUGAACCAGGCCUGGGCCACCGCUAAGGGCGCCCUGCUGGACCCAGGGCCGCUGGGACGCUCGCUGGGGGCGAGCGCCAACGUGCUGACGAUGCCCCUGGCGCGCGCCUUCCCUUCCGCCGCACCCCAGGACGCCUCCGCUGCCGCCGCCGCCAAGGAGCUGCUGGCCUUGCCCAAGGCCAGCAGCAAGCCCUUCUGCGCCUAACCCGGCCAGGGCGCCUGAGCAAGGAGGGAGCUGGCGCUCAGGCCGCAUGCUCCUAGGUCGCAGACUCUUUCUCUACCGGGUUUCCAAAGCAAGGCAUGAGCGCUGCAGAGCUCAGGCCACCAGCCACCCUAGAAGAAGCAUCUGAACUCUCUCUGGGUGAG